AUGUCAACCACCAACACCAACUCGCAUGAUGAGUUCCAUGUUCCAACCAUAGAUCCUGCUGCCGCUAGGCCUGCCGCAACUCCGACUGUGGUUCCGACGACCACCACCGCUGUAACGAUCACCAGACCGCCGACUCCAGCCCCAUGUACAACCCGAGCGACGGCUUCUCCCCCGGCUCCCCCGGCUCCGCGGCCACGCCGGGCCCGCCUUGUCGAGCUCGACUACGAGACCGGAAUGGACCUGCACAACAACACAACCGACGAGCGAGCUCUCUUGCGCAGAAUGAAGUUGCGCGUGGCAAACGUGGUCAGCCGUGCAAGAGAUUGUCGCGCGCUGUAUGCCAUGCGCGAGUGCGUCACGAUGAGCAUCGGCGAGACGGACUUGCCCUGCUACAGGUUGGAGCAGCUGUUCUAUCUCGUGGCGCUGGAUCAUAUCAAUGAUUUGAUCCGGGAAGACGAGGCUCGGAAUGCCGACGACUGUGCCACCGCCAUGAUCAACAAUAUCCCGCGGACUUAUGACCGGUACUGGUAG